UUCGGCUCCGCUGCGCGUCGAGCGGGCCCCGCGGCCGUUCAUGGGCAGCCAGGGCCGCUCGGGUUCCCCCGGGCCCAGGGAAAGCGAGGGCGGGGAGGCGAGGAAACUGCAGGCCGCGCGGGGAAAGCGAGGGAAAGGGAGAGGGAAAGGGAAAGCGGGCACCGGGCACAGCGGAAGAGGAAGCGGGACGGAAGGGAAGCCGGGCCUGCAGCGGACGAGAAAGGCAGCGGGGCCCGGGGCUGAGGCCGCCCGGGGGCAGGAAGGAGCCGGAGGCGGAGGCGUGGAGGGAGAGCCGAGAAGCUCCGGGAAGCGGGAUGAAGAGAGCGCAGAGCAGGAGGAGGAGGAGGAACGGAGGGUCGGGACCGGGCGGCGGGAGGACGGCAGCCUGGAGAGAGGACAGGAGCGAGGGCGUCCGGCGUGGGGCGGCAUCCCGGGAACCCGGACGGCCAUGGCGGCGGCGGCAGCGGAGGACGCGGCGGCUGCGGAGCUGGCCAGCCGUCCGGCCGCGGGGCCCGCGCUCUGGCGCCUGCCGGAGGAGCUGCUGCUGCUCAUCUGCUCCUACCUCGACAUGCGAGCCCUCGGCCGCCUGGCCCAGGUGUGCCGUUGGCUGCGGCGCUUCACCAGCUGCGACCUGCUCUGGCGCCGGAUAGCCCGGGCCUCGCUCAACUCCGGCUUCACGCGGCUCGGCACCGACCUGAUGGCCAGCAUCCCAGUAAAGGAACGGGUGAAGGUUUCUCAGAACUGGCGGCUGGGGCGCUGCCGAGAGGGGAUUCUACUGAAGUGGAGAUGUAGUCAGAUGCCCUGGAUGCAGCUGGAGGAUGCCUCUCUGUAUAUAUCUCAGGCUAAUUUCAUCCUGGCCUACCAGUUCCGUCCAGAUGGUGCCAGUGUGAACCGUCGGCCCUUCAGAGUCUUCGCUGGGCAUGAUGAGGAUGUUUGUCGCUUUGUGCUGUCCAACUCACAUAUCGUCAGUGCAGGAGGAGAUGGGAAGAUUGGUGUUCAUAAGAUCCACAGCACCUUCACUGUCAAGUACUCGGCUCAUGAACAGGAGGUGAACUGUGUGGACUGCAAAGGGGGCAUCAUUGUGAGUGGCUCCAGGGACAGGACAGCCAAGGUAUGGCCUCUGGCCACGGGCCGGCUGGGGCACUGCUUACACACCAUACAGACCGAAGACCGAGUCUGGUCCAUUGCUAUCAGCCCAUUACUCAGCUCUUUUGUGACAGGAACAGCUUGUUGUGGGCACUUCUCACCUCUGAGAAUCUGGGACCUCAACAGUGGGCAGCUGAUCACACAUCUUGGCAGUAACUUUCCUCCAGGGGCUGGGGUGCUGGAUGUCAUGUAUGAGUCCCCGUCUACACUGUUGUCCUGUGGUUAUGACACCUACGUUCGCUUCUGGGACCUCCGCACAAGUACCCGGAAAUGUGUCAUGGAGUGGGAGGAGCCCCAUGACAGUACCUUAUACUGCCUGCAGACUGAUGGCAACCACCUGCUGGCCACAGGCUCCUCCUACUACGGGGUUGUGCGGCUGUGGGACCGGCGCCAAAGGGCUUGCCUGCAUGCCUUCCCUCUGACAUCGACCCCACUCAGCAGUCCUGUGUACUGCCUGCGAUUCACCACCAGGCACCUCUAUGCUGCCCUGUCCUACAACCUCCACGUCCUAGACUUUGAAAACCCGUGACCGACACCCCUGCCUAUGGGCUGGGCAACUCAGCUACUCAGGG